UAAAAAUUAAAAGCUCUCAAUCCAACCCCAGCUCUAUCUAAAGUUAGGGAUAAACUCUCCCAUUUCCUCAACAAUCAAAAUCUCUAUCUCCUCCAAAUUCCAACUCUCAUAAUUUCUCUUCUUCGACAACCGAGAGACGCGGAGAUUCAAUUCAACGCUCCUCUGGAAUUUUUUGCAUUUCUUUCAGUUAUAAUUAUUUUCCUUUUUCUUUUCUUUCCUUAUUUCUAUUUAUUUAAAGUUGUUUUAAUUCUCCUUUUCCAACUUUAGUGCCAUUUGUUCACGAGAUAGAGAAAUCAUAAAAAAGAAAUCAUCUGUUCUUAGCUUCUUUUAGUUUCUGGAAAUAUCUCUUUUUUUAACAGAAGCUGUAAUUUUUUUUUUGACUGCGUAGAGGAGAAGAAGAUUAGAGGUGUUCAAAGGUGAUAACGUUUGCAGAACGUGACCACAAUUAUAAUAUUGAAAGGUAUCAGAAAACUUUGCUAAGAUUUAUUAUAAACUCCUUUUUUAUUUAAAUUCAAGAGAUAUCAAACAACUACUUCAUUUUUUUUUUUGUAGCAGCCGAGUACUCUUUUUUGACGGUGUCCGUGUUCGUGCUUGGUCUGAAAUUGACGAAAAAUAUUCCGACAAGACAACAACAACAAUUAGAGAGAUUCAGACAAGGGAUUUGAAAUUCGGAGGAUGUUUGGGAUCCAAAGCAGACGUGAUUUAACGAUGGAGCUACAAUCUCAGAUUCCGAUUCUCCGUCCAAGCAUCCACGCAAGACGAGCCAACAUCGUCGUUAAAUUCCAGGACUUGUACGGGUUCACGGUGGAAGGAAAUGUCGACGACGUUAAUGUGUUGAACGAGGUUAGAGAGAAAGUCAGGAAUCAAGGACGAGUUUGGUGGGCUCUUGAAGCUAGCAAAGGAGCUAAUUGGUAUCUUCAGCCGGAGAUUCUCUUGAUCGGUGACGGUAUCGCUUUGAAAACUUCUCUCAAGCUCUCCACUUUGACUAAUGCGAUUACGUUGAAGAGAUUGAUUCGGAAAGGGAUCCCUCCUGUGCUUAGACCUAAGGUUUGGUUUUCUCUUUCUGGUGCUGCUAAGAAGAAAUCCACCGUCCCAGAGAGUUAUUAUAGUGAUUUGACCAAAGCCGUCGAAGGGAUGGUCACGCCGGCUACGAGGCAGAUUGAUCAUGAUCUGCCACGUACUUUCCCAGGCCAUCCAUGGUUGGACACUCCAGAAGGUCAUGCUGCUCUACGACGUGUGCUUGUUGGGUAUUCCUUUCGUGAUUCAGAUGUUGGCUAUUGUCAGGGUCUAAACUACGUUGCAGCGUUACUAUUACUUGUCAUGAAGACAGAAGAAGACGCAUUCUGGAUGCUAGCGGUCCUUUUGGAAAACGUAUUAGUCCGUGAUUGUUACACAACCAACUUAUCUGGAUGUCAUGUUGAGCAGCGGGUUUUCAAAGAUUUGCUUGCCCAAAAAUGUUCUCGAAUAGCUACUCAUCUUGAAGAUAUGGGCUUUGAUGUUUCCCUUGUAGCCACUGAAUGGUUUCUAUGCCUCUUCUCUAAAAGCCUUCCUUCAGAGACAACUCUAAGGGUGUGGGAUGUACUUUUCUAUGAAGGAGCGAAGGUUCUAUUCCAUGCAGCUUUAGCAAUAUUCAAGAUGAAAGAGAACGAGCUGCUUAUGACCCACCAGGUCGGCGAUGUUAUCAACAUAUUACAGAAAACUUCACACCAGCUUUUUGACCCGGAUGAAUUAUUAACGGUGGCAUUUGAGAAAAUCGGAUCAAUGACUACCAACACGAUAUCAAAGCAGAGGAAGAAGCAGGAACCAGCAGUGAUGGCAGAACUUGACCAGAGACUUCGGAGACUUAACUCUCUUAAAGAAAGUGGGAAGAGCACAUAAAUAAAAAAGAACUGUUGGGAGAAGAUGAGCCAAAAAGUGCAAACGAGGGAGUCCAACAAUGGUUUAUUUAUCCCUCUUGAUGUUUUUUUUUUUUUUUCCUUUUUUUCUAAGUAUAUAUAAAUAGGAUUUUUUAAGUUUAUUUUGAGAGCAAAACAUUAACCAAGAUCCAUUUCUGAGAUGGGAAAUGUCAAGUUUCUUCACAUUCCAAGAGGUGUCACUUGCCUUUUGCAUUUUUUACCCCUCUUCAUAUAUCAAUUGUGAUCUUCAUGUUUUUAUAGAUCAAUGUUUGGUUUGUAGUAUGAAUUGUCAACUGUUCUUCUCAAUACUAUUUUUCCAAAACAAAAAGUUUAUAGAAUUCUUAAAAGAAG